GUGCCAACAACUGAAGAAAGAGAUACUCAGGUUGAGUGCAGGAAACCAAACAAUGGACAUCCACUGCCCAACCAUUAGGGAAGAAAGCUUCCAAGGUAUUGUUGCAUUUAUAUCUUAUGCUGCUAUUGGCUCCAUCAUCAGUGAGAAAUUUGUGUCUGAAGAACAUCUAACAAUGAAGGAAAAGUUGCAUAAUUUCUACCUGAAUUCCAAAGUAGUAAGUGGAAUGCUGGGACGCGGGAGGACUGGCUCACUCUCCAUGACUAUUAACUUCACGUUUCAGCAUGAACAGGUGAAAAAAGAAGAUGAAAAAGCCAUCUGUGUCUACUGGCAUGGUUCAUUUUGGUCUAAUGAAGGCUGUGAAGUCAUUUCUUCCGAUGAAAAUCAAACCCUUUGCAGCUGCAACCACCUCUCCAGCUUUGCCAUACUCAUGGCAUCAACCAGAUUAAAGGAAGAUUUCGUGCUGACCGUGAUCACUUAUGUGGGGCUGAGCCUCUCCCUGCUGUGCCUCCUCCUGGCAGCCCUCACCUUCCUCCUGUGCCGACACAUCCAGAGCACCAGCACCUCGCUCCACCUGCAGCUCUCGCUCUGCCUCCUCUUUGCCCACCUCCUCUUCCUCACGAGCAUCAACAGAACUGAGCCCAAGGUUCUGUGUUCCAUCAUUGCAGGAGCAUUGCACUACCUCUACUUGGCCUCCUUCACCUGGAUGUUCCUUGAAGGGCUGCAGCUUUUCUUAACUGUCAGGAACCUCAGGGUGGCCAACUACACCAGUGCAGGGAGGUUCAAGAAGAGGUUCAUGUACCCUUUUGGCUAUGGGAUUCCCGCUGUAAUUGUGGCUGUCUCUGCAGGAGUUGGACACAGCAAUUAUGGAACACGUACUCACUGCUGGCUCAACUUCCAAAGUGGAUUUAUCUGGAGUUUCAUGGGACCUGUUUUUGUUAUUAUUUUGAUCAACUUGUCUUUGUAUCUGACAACCCUGUGGAUUUUAAGACACCAAAUUAGCUCUCUCAAUAAUGAAGUCUCCAGAAUCCAGAACACAAGGAUGCUGACAUUUAAAGCUGUUGUUCAGCUUUUCAUUUUGGGCUGUUCUUGGGGCCUUGGCUUUUUUCUGGUUGAAGGAGUCAAGGAUCCCAUCAGAUCGGUGAUUGCCUAUUCUUUCACCAUCGUUAAUGUACUACAGGGCGUGUACAUCUUUCUCAUCCACUGCCUCCUCAAUCGUAAGGUACGAGAAGAAUACAAAAACUGGUUUAGGAAGAUGAUAAAAAGGACAGAAACUGAGAGCUAUGACUUGUUUGCCUCCACCACCCAAAGCAAAAUGAUGGAUAAAACAGUGAACUUUACUGGGAAAAGCAGCAACAUAUCUGCUGGAAAAUAACAAAUGCUACCUGUUCAUCCCCUGGCUCUCCUGGUAGUAAAAAGGAAGAAACUAAGCAACUUAUUAAAGUGCCUUUGGGAAACUCUUCCAUCAAACACUGGAAAUAUGAGUGGAGAUUAUGUUUUGGUUAUACACUGUGGUUUGGAAAACUUCAUUUAUAUUCUUGACUGUUCUACUCCCAUGCUUGCUACAUAUAUACCUUAUCUGGUGUAGAAGAAAAUGGUUUUCAAUAAUUUUUGUGGUUGGAGGAUAGUACUCUUUGCCAUAGAUUCUCCCAACAUGAUUAUAUCAUUUAGUAUUAGUUCAUCUGCUAGGUGCAUUUUCAUAAUCUGUGUUCUUGCUUGUAAAUUAGAUGUUCUGGUCAUUUGAUGGAAGAAUGGAUCUUUGCACAUCCAAGGCUGGAGACUCAAGCGCAGUAUACAGAGGCAAGACUUUAAAGAAUGCACUUAUUGCUUUGAGCCUAUAGAGUUUGCAUUGAUUUGCAAACUUUUAAAAUAACUGUGACAUAGUCAACAGUGAAAUUACUGCUAUUUUUAGCAAUU